CUGGACAAGUGUGCAGGAACCUCCACAUGAGCUGAGGACGUGAGCUGCGGUGUUGGUUCCAAAUGGCGGGAAAGCGUAGCCAGUUGUGGAUCUGGACGAUAGGAACGUUGCUGAUGUGUGUCUGCGUCAACAUGGAUACAGGUGAGCAGACAAAGAAUUCUUCUGAAGAUCUACAGCUUCUAUUCAGACAUCACGGAUCUCUGGCUCGCAGAAAAAGAAACCUCCUGUUCCCCAGCGGGGUGAAACUUUGCAGUCUGGAGACAAUGGACCAAGCGGUCUCCAACCACCUUAACUAUUUUCACCUCAGAGUGUGUCAGGAGACUGUGUGGGAGGCCUUCAAGAUAUUCUGGGACCAGCUGCCAGAACGUGAUCAGUACCAGGACUGGGUUAGCCGCUGCAUAGACGGCUCCAUCAGCAUCACAGAUAUUGGCGGGUUCUUCAGUCAAUCGGAGGAGCACAUAAGCCUCAUUAGAAGUAGAGUUGGCAUGGCAACACCCCUGAGCAGUGCUCCAAUCAGCUCAGGCCUACCUUUGUGCAGUUCUGAAAAUUCAGCAGGGGCCAAUACUGGAGGACUUCUAACCAGCGCUCAGCCAGGUGAAGAGAGCUCCCCCUCUGUCUUUGAAGAAGAAUUAACAGAGAUUCCUGUGGAUUUCCCCUCUGACCCGGCAGUCACUGCUGUGCCAGACAAGCCGAGAGGCUGUGGCUCUAAUGCCACAGGUCAGUCUGACGGCACCACAACAGUGGUAAAGUUAAUCUCUAAGCCGACUCCCCAGGACAUGACUGUCCCACAAGAGGACAGUUCUGCCAGGGUCACCUCCUUUAAUGAGGAAGGUUCCCCCGAGAGCUUUGAUCAGCCAGAUGUCGUGACUGAAGAACUUGAAAGUGCUGCAACUUUUACCCAUAUUGGAAAAGAAGAUGGUUUGUCCCAGACUUUAGUACUCACUACUAAAGAAGAAACUAGCCACAACAUAGAGACGGGUGAAAUUCCCAUUGUAGAGGCAACUGUGAUGUCUGAUCAUAGUGGAGUGACCACUCACCCUGUAGAUGAAGCUAUUCCCUCACAUGUUGUAAAGGACCACAUAGAGGUGACUGAUAUGGCGGAAGAAGCAGUUCAGUCACUUGAAGUGGAAACAACAACACUAAAGAAUGCAAAAGAAGAGGCCCCAAACAAAGGAGCAUCAGUGGAAGACUCACCCAAAUCCAUCAAGGAGACAGCUCUGAAGCAAGAUGAAACUCCUCUUGAGGAUACAGGAAAACUGGAGGAAACCACAGCUGAAGCAGCCAUUGUACCAGCAGGGGCAGAGGUUGUCAAAGACACAGAAGAAGCACAACUGUCACCUGAUAUAGAGCUUGUAGAGGAAAUUGACCCAUUGGAAAUAGCAACACAAGAGGUCAAAUAUGUAGACCCUGUUAGUGACAAUAAACUAGAACCACACAGAACCCACCUUGACUUGCCAAUUGUCGACAAGACAUCUGAAGCUUCUAUGGUUGAAACUACAGAAGAGAGAGGUGAGGCAGUACAGGUUACAGUAGAGUCCACAUCAGAAGGUUCUGAAACUGAAAUUCCAAUAGAAGAAAACAUUGAAGAAGCACAUCCAGAGUCAUAUGAUGACACUACAGAUUUAAUUGUAGAUGGAUCGGAUGUAUUACUGGCAGGGACUGAAUCAGAGGAACCUAAAGUAAUGUUGAACCUUAAUGAUGAAUCUGAGGUGGGUAAUCCAUCAGAAGAAACCAGUUCCUCACCUUUAGGUGAUAAUACAAGCAAAACGAAACUAUUUUCUCUGGGAGAUGGGGUUACCGAACAACUUGUCCCAAUUGUAUCACCUGAGGAUCAUGUCACCCCACUUGAAGAAAGCGCCCAGACAACUCCAACAGGACUUCUCUCUGACAAAAUCCAACUCAUCUAUACAGAUGUUACAGCAAGAUACAGGAUACAUACAGAGGCGCCUGUCCAUGAAACAGUCAGCAUAGCAACAGGUGAUGCCACCACAAGGUACAUUGUCGAGUACAAUAAUGGCAACUACCCAGAUCCCACCGAGAGCGCCCUGAAGGCUCAUGACAACUUGUUAGAUUUCCCCUUUCAGGAGCAGCAGAAUGUGCUGGGUAAUGAAAUCGACAACACCUUCCUGAGGCCACUUAAGGAUCAAAUUGUGGAGCUGAGCAUUACACUGAAAGAAGAAACCUACAACAAUGCUCUCAGAGACCCGAGUAGCUUCCAAUACCAGCAGCUUGUCCGACACUUCACCCGCAAGAUUGGUGAUGUGUUUGAGAAAGUGCCAGGCUUCAAAAAUGCCUUUGUGAUUGAUUUCAGGCCUCAGAAAGACCUGGGGCGGGGUCUGGUUGUUCAUGUCCACUAUGCCAUCACUUUGGAGGUGGACAGUGGUGGCAUCUCGAAGGAGACAUUUGAUUUCAUCACGCUGCAGAACAACCUGGUGGAGAAGAAUUACCCUGUCGCUGCCGAGCAGCCAACUGUUGUAUAUACCAUCACCGACUUCCGCAACUACAUUACAGAAGCACUGCGCAAAGAUAACUUCCUGACCAACAGCAGCCUGGGGACACUCUCUAACCCGCUUUUGACAGAGAACGCUGACAAUUGGUUGCCUUCAGGGAAUCCUACUAGUCGACCACCUGACACCUUUGAUAACAUGGAUAAUGUCCUUGCUGCAGAGAGGCCACCGGAUGCAACAAGUCCGGGGAUGGAAAGCAGUGAUAUUUUAUUGAAGAAAGAUGACUUCCUUUUUGACUCGUUUGACUCAUGGAAAGGCACAAACAUUGGAGCAGUGAGCGAAAAUGACGUCGUCAUGGUUGAUGAGAGUACUACUUUCCCAACGUCGGUUCCUGAGGGGAUAUCACAUCAACUGCCAAGCACACAAAACACUGUUGGGAAUAUUGACAAGGAGGGCUUUCUCAUAAGUUACUCUCCUGGUUCUGGAAACGAACCCUUCCAAGAGGACCGUGACUCGACCAGUGUUGAAACUCCACUCAAUACUCAAAGAGGCCAGAAGUUCACAUUAGAUGAUGGAUCUGGCUCUGGCUUCUCAGGAGAAGGACAAGAAAUGGUUCCCCAGUCUUGGGAAAUGUCAGCAAACCUUUAUAGUGAAAGCCAUCUUGAGAUUCUGCCGCCACCAGAUCUGGAGGAGAUGGAUGAGGAGGAUGGAAUCCAGGAUGAACGGGAUGCUUUUGUUCAGUUACUAACCAGUGAAAGGGAUGAUGUUAUGGGUUUCAACUUCACCCCUGCUACACCUUUACCAACACUUUCCACAUUAGAAGAAUAUAAGCCAAGUAGAAGCAUGGAGGACCUAAUCUUGGAUCAGGUUUUAGUCACACCACACAUUAGCACAGACCCUCGGUUCUCUACCACUCAUGCACCUGUAUUUUCACCCAAGGGCACCUUAACCGUUGAGUUGUCUGUGCAAACAGUGGAAACGUCCGGCAUGUACGAGGAGUUUCAUUUGACUCAGGCACAUCACAAUUUCGUGGCAGUCACAAGAACUCCUCACUCGCAGACGUGGACUCAUGAGCACCCAGUCAUUGUAACUCGACAACAUGACGACACUAUACAAGAGCCAGUAUUUGAAGAAGUACAACCAGUCACAGUCAAAGAAUCACACUUUGAUGCUAUCACACUACAAUGGCCUGAUGGAGAGUUUCUACCUGAAGAACCAAAUUUGUCACUUCCAGAAAUCCACCAUGAUGAGGUUGAGGUGAUAGAGGAGCAACUCGAACUUUCCGAACCAACAAAACCAAUACCUGGGACCCUUGAAGAUGACUUGGUUGUGGAUGAAAUAUUAGCAGUUACAACUGCUGCCUCUGUGCCUGUCACCACUUUGUCUUCCCUUAGUUCAGACCCCAACCCCAUUGCCCUUUCUCCUGAAAAAGACUCGCCCUUUACACGAGUGUCAGACUCUGCCCCUGAAGAUGAGGACUCGCUUCAGUCAGAACACCCAAAUUAUGACCAUAGUUUAUCAAGCACAAUGUCUUCAAAAGUCAGUGAAACAAAAAGUCAUUCAUCAGACAAAGAUUCCAGCACAAGCUUGGAGGUCUUAAAAACACAGGAAAUUCCCCAUAGUACAAAAGCAAGCAAAAUUCAGCCAAUCAAAGAUAACAAAGAUGUGCCAGGUAUUGAUGUCAGCCUUGACAUGUUCCAGUAUGGAGGCAUGGUGACAGAAGGUGACAGCAGUGGUUAUUCUAGUGAGGUGCAGGGCUCAGAAUUGGACGCAAUGGCAUUGCCAACUAAGCCAGUUCAAGCCUUGACUGUGUUCUUCAGACUCCGAGUGACAAACAUGGCAUUCUCCAUGGACCUCUUUAACAAGAGUUCCCCUGAAUACAAGGCACUCGAGCAACGAUUUCUACAACUGCUUGUUCCGCACUUGCAGUCCAACCUGAACAACUUUCAGAACCUGGAGAUCCUCAACUUCAGAAAUGGCAGUAUUGUGGUCAACAGCCGUAUGAGGUUUGACAAACCGGUUUCCCGAGGGGUUGCCAACGUUGUCUUCCUCAUUCUUGAGGACUUCGCUAACACGGCCUAUCAGACCAUGAACCUCGCCAUUGACAAGUAUUCACUGGAUGUCGAAUCAGGCGACAAAGCCGACCCCUGUAAGUUCCAGGCAUGUAACGCCUUCUCACAGUGUAUGGUCAAUCAAUGGUCUGGCGAGGCAGAAUGUGUGUGUGAUGCUGGAUACCUGAGCGUGGAUGGGCUACCAUGUCAAAGCAUCUGUGACGUGCAAGAAGAUUUCUGCCUCAACGAUGGAAAAUGUGAUGUCAUCGCUGGCAAAGGCGCCAUUUGCAGAUGUCGUGUAGGUGAGAACUGGUGGUACCGUGGUGAGCACUGUGAGGAGUACGUCUCCGAACCACUGGUGGUCGGCAUCGCCAUCGCUUCGGUCGCGGGUUUUCUAAUGGUGGCGGCUGGAAUCAUCUUCUUCCUGGCCAGGACUCUUCGGGAGCAAUAUGACAGUGAGGACAUGGAGGAUCCGCUGAGACGAGGUGACAGCAUGGCAACGCUGGAACGCGCAACCAAAUUCAACCCCAUGUUUGAGAGCGACCCUGUCACCACCCAGUAUUACCGACGCUACGACGAUGACCGCCCCCGGUACAGCAGCCCCACAACUUCCUCUAAUGAUCUUGGAAGUGAUGAGGUCCGACACAUCUACCAGAACACGGCACUCACCAAAGAAGAAAUCCAGGAGCGUCUCAGGGUCAUCGAGCUGUGCAGCAGAGAUCAACAUUUUGCUGACUUUGUGCGACAGACGCAAGUUUUCCUGGAGCGACGAGGAAGCUCCACCACAUAAUAAGCAUGGAACUCAGAAGUACUAAACCUUUUUCUAAAGUAACAUCCAUGAAGUCAGUGUGGUUACGCUAAUGAACAUGUUUGAGCAGCCACCGUCACCUGACGUGAGAGAGCUCCUGAUUGGACAGGACGGUGAUCACUUUUCUACCUUUUCUUUGUUGUUCUCAGCUAACAUCGGCCUUUUAGGGCUAUGUCUACACUAACAAAAUACAGGUUUUUGUGCUUAAAAAGUGAGUUUUUUGAAAACUUGGCUGAUGGUGUGAACAGAAAACAGCUUAUAUUGUCUCAUGUCAUAAGAAAUGUGUGACAUUACUUCAUAUAUUUAAACCUUAUUUAACAACACAACACUAGGAAUGACGUUCUAUAAACUUGACCAAAUCUACUAGGUGGAUUGUUUAGGCAAAAUAACCAUGUUUUAUGUUGACAUACUUUUUUUUAAACUACACUCGUGGAGAAUGGACAUUUUUUCAACACCCAAGUAGAGAGAAUUUACAUUUUUGAAAAUGUCUGUAUUGGUAUGGACAUGAUCAAAACCUACAGGAGGUCCUCGGUCUACGGCGAUGUACUGUUAGUGGAGUUGUAUUGUAAGUUGGACUUCAAACCAGAAUUGUAUCCAAAUGAACACUGUUACAGUCAGUCACACUGUGCACCCAACACAUGAAGGACAAAAUACAGUCAUGAAAAGAUGAAUUAAGGUUCUGUAUGUCACUAGCUAAAAAUUACGUUUUUUAAAGCAAAGCAUGUAAGAACAGCUAGCAUAUUUUACUAAUAGCGGUUUAAGAGAACAGAUUUAACAGAUAAAUGUUUAUUUUUGUCACAAUUACAAGUUAAAUUUGUAUUGCCAUUCUGGCCGAAUAAGAAGAUUGGCGUUCAGGCUUUCAAUCACGACUGUCUCACACAAAUGUGCAUGUUCGUUGCACUUGCACGUACACAAAAAAUAUGUUUAAGAACAAAAGGAUGUAAAAUUGACCUAUGAUCAUUUAAAUAUACAUGUAAAACACAUCCUUGUAGUCUAGAUCGGUGUUUUUCCAACCUUUUUUGAGCCAAGGCACAUUUUUUGCGUUGAAAAAAUGCGGAGGCACACCACCAGCAGACAU